CGCUGUCACUGUCGCCGCCGCCUUCUCCUCAGCUCGGUCCAGACCCGGGCCGGGCCGCCCGCCAGCUACCAUGCCGGGCAUCGACAAGCUGCCCAUCGAGGAGACGCUGGAGGACAGCCCGCAGACACGGUCCCUGCUGGGUGUGUUUGAAGAAGAUGCUGCAGCUAUUUCCAAUUACAUGAAUCAGUUAUAUCAAGCCAUGCGUCGAAUUUAUGAUGCACAGAAUGAAUUAAGUGCAGCAACACACCUGACAUCAAAGCUUCUAAAAGAAUAUGAGAAACAGCGUUUUCCACUAGGGGGUGAUGAUGAAGUAAUGAGCUCUACUUUGCAGCAGUUUUCAAAAGUGAUUGAUGAGCUAAGUUCCUGUCAUGCAGUACUUUCAACUCAGCUUGCUGAUGCUAUGAUGUUUCCAAUUUCCCAGUUCAAAGAAAGGGAUCUAAAAGAGAUACUAACAUUAAAGGAAGUGUUUCAAAUUGCCAGCAAUGAUCACGAUGCUGCAAUUAAUAGAUAUAGUCGACUGUCCAAAAAAAGAGAAAAUGACAAGGUGAAGUAUGAAGUUACUGAAGAUGUAUAUACUUCUAGAAAAAAGCAGCACCAGACGAUGAUGCAUUAUUUCUGUGCGUUGAAUACUCUUCAGUAUAAGAAGAAAAUAGCAAUGCUAGAGCCCCUGCUUGGAUACAUGCAAGCUCAGAUAAGUUUCUUCAAGAUGGGUUCUGAAAAUCUCAAUGAACAGCUAGAAGAAUUUUUAGCAAAUAUUGGAACAAGUGUACAGAAUGUUCGCAGGGAAAUGGAUUGUGAAGUAGAAACCAUGCAACAGACAAUAGAGGAUUUGGAAGUAGCCAGUGACCCAUUAUAUUUGCCUGACCCCGACAUCACCAAAUUUCCUGUUCAUCGGAACUUAACCCGCAAGGCUGGAUAUCUCAAUGCUAGGAAUAAGACUGGCCUCGUGUCCUCUACCUGGGACAGACAAUUUUACUUUACUCAAGGUGGAAACCUGAUGAAUCAGGCCCGGGGAGAUGUGGCGGGAGGCCUUGCCAUGGACAUAGACAACUGCUCUGUAAUGGCUGUUGACUGUGAAGAUAGACGGUAUUGUUUCCAGAUCACUUCCUUUGAUGGCAAAAAGUCUUCAAUUUUGCAAGCAGAAAGUAAAAAAGACUAUGAAGAGUGGAUUUGUACAAUAAACAAUAUCUCCAAACAGAUAUAUUUAAGUGAAAAUCCAGAGGAAAUUGCUGCAAGAGUAAAUCAGUCAGCUCUAGAAGCAGUCACCCCAUCACCAUCUUUCCAGCAGAGGCAUGAGAGCUUGCGGCCAAACCCACAACCUCGACCACACACAGCUCGAACUAGUAGUUCAGGGUCUCUUGGAUCUGAGUCAACAACUUUGGCGACCCUUUCCCUGGAUUCCCUCGUUGCCCCAGAUACACCUAUACAAUUUGACAUAAUUUCUCCUGUUAGCGAAGAUCAGCCUGGCCAGGCUAAAAAUUCUGGGCAGGGAGGCAAACGUACAAAUCCAUUUGGAGAAUCUGGAGGAAGAUCAAAGGCUGAAACUGAAGAUUCCAUUCUUCAUCAGUUAUUUAUUGUCCGAUUCCUUGGCUCUAUGGAGGUAAAAUCAGAUGACAGUCCAGAUGUUGUUUACGAAACAAUGCGCCAAAUCCUAGCAGCCCGUGCGAUCCAUAACAUUUUCCGGAUGACAGAAUCACACUUAUUAGUUACUUGUGACUGUUUGAAGUUAAUUGACCCACAAACUCAAGUUACGAGGCUCAGAUUUCCCUUGCCCAGUGUGGUCCUGUAUGCUACACAUCAGGAAAGUAAACGUCUCUUUGGAUUUGUGCUUCGGACAUCAGGAGGCAGAGUUGAGAGUCACCCAACUUCAGUGUGCUACAUAUUUGAAUCAAACAAUGAAGGAGAAAAGAUUUGUGAUUCUGUUGGACUUGCAAAACAGAUCGCUUUGCAUGCUGAAUUGGAUCGCAGAGCAUCAGAGAAACAAAAAGAAAUAGAGAGAGUAAAAGAGAAACAACAGAAGGAACUGAAUAAGCAAAAACAAAUUGAAAAGGACUUAGAGGAACAAAGUCGAUUAAUAGCUGCCUCCAGUAGACCAAACCAGACGAGUGGAGAAGGACAAUUUGUGGUCCUUAGUAGUAGCCAGUCUGAAGACAGUGAUUUGGGAGAAGAUGGAAAGAAGAAGAAAGAGUCAGAAGCAUGAGGUUAUCCAUUUUUUGGUGGCUUUUUUCCACCAUCAGAAUCUAUUAGCAGUUUCUGAGGUGAAACAGCACAAGUUAAACAACCUUAAGAGGCAUCAAGUUGGAUACUUCAGAUUUUUUUCUAGAAGACUGAACUUGCCAACCAAGUUUUACAUUGAUUUUUUCCUCUUAAAACUGACUUAAAAUUUCUGUAAUAACAAUAACUUAACACCUAAUUCCACGUGUUUAAAAAAAAUCUGUCAGUUUACUGAAGUAGGUUGCUGCAGAAUUAUACUGAAUUGAGACUUUUUUUUUCUCAAUUUCAAACUUUUUAUCUUGGCUUUGCAACUGGGUACAACUAAAAGGCAUUAUUUAUCCUUGGGCUUCAGCUGUACAGGGGGUUGUUAUUUCUGUCUGCUGGAAGCAGGAAGACGCUUUAUACUGAACAGGUUCAAAAUCAUUUGCAUUUUAUGCAAAACAUCACUCAUCCUUGUGAAACUAAUAUUACAACAGUGAACGUGCAGUGCACCUUGGAACAGUCCUGGGACACGGGUUUUAUGUGUGUGGUUUUAGGUUUUCAGGGAGGUGCCAUUUAAUUUCAGAAUGCCUCAUUGGCAUGACUUCGUGGGAUGUAAUUACAUCUUGGUGUAUAUGGAAAUAGAAACAGAAGUUUCUCCAUGUCCAGAUGAACCUCACGCUUGGCGUGUAUGUGAGCUUCACAUCCUCAUUCUCAGGGUGGGACUUGAAAUACUGCCGCCAAGUAGUAGCAGUGAAAGUUAGGAGGUUUGGGGGUUGUGGAAGGACAGCUUUUGUUCAGAUACAUUGUAGAUAGUGAAUUUGGACAGGGCAGUUUGGCCUUUGGUAUCUGAUUUACUCAGUGAUGAAUUCUAUUUUUUAUAUCAUACAGAAUCAUAAUGUUCAUUACAAUUGAGUGACAUUGCAACAAACGUUCUUCAGCAAUUAUGUUUACUGAUUAAGCAGAAAUCCCUCCACAUUUGGGGAUUUGUGCUCACUUGGAAUAAUUUCAACUGACAUUCUCCAAAUCUUCACCGCUAAAUAACCCUCAGCUUCUUGCUGUGUAUGAUAUUGAAUCUUCCAUAAUGGCAAACAGCUAAUUUAUAAAAAUGUCAUAUUUGCACUAAUUAUUGUAAAUAAUACUAUUCUAAUGAGUAGAAGACACAUACGUAGGAUUCAAAAACAUCUUGUAAUGUCUGGUAUGUUGUAGAAAAACUUAAAAAAGAAAACGGUUUUGGCUCUGAGCCAUAGUUAUAAACGAUGACAAUUUUCUACAGGCCUCUUCCAUGUCAGAUGUUUAUUUUUUACAAUUAUUAAUGUUUCUGACAAAUAGUGCUUCUCCUAAAUUUAAGAAUUUUACACGAAAAUAUAGUUUCAGCAAAUUAAAUGUAUUAAGAAAUGUUUUAGUCAGUUUGUGAGUUUGGUCAAAAGUUACAGUUUCCAAUAACAAUCUGGAAUUUCACAAGGGAAAACUCUGUUCUUUAAAAUGCAGCUAUUUUCUUCAAAAGUGAACUAAAGGGGUUCAUUUUUGGCUCUCAAUCAGUGUAUGGGUUACUGCUUUCUGUGAUCACUAGAACAGGUGAUGUCAGAUACUUAAUUAGGCCUUUCUUUUAUCUGUCUGUGUGCCAAGUGGAAAUUUUGACUUACUUAAUGCUUACUGGCAGCGUUAGGUUACCUAGACAUUUAGUUUAAAAAAAAAAAUCUGCAGCUGGUCCAUAUGACUGAAUUUAUUUGAGAAUAUAUGACUUACUACUUAUAUAGGGAAUGGUAUAAAUGUCAACAUGAACUAAUUCCUUCACUUGAAAAGUUGUGCUUUGAUCAAUAAUCAUCCAUGUAAAAUCUUGCUCUUAAGUUGUUAUUGAUAAAUAGUGCAUAUUCUGCUUAAAUCAUUUGUUUACAUCAUAGAUUGUGUCCAUUUACUCUUAUUUCAAAUGCAGUCUCUGUAACUUUUAGGGAAGUUCUUUAAAAACAAGAAACAAAGGAAAAUUUUUAGCAAGAAGGGAAAGUUCUGUAUAAGCUGGAAAAAUUGAAUGAUAAAAAUAUCUUUUAUUACUAAUACAGUAUGACUUUGAUUUGGGGAGAGCAAAGUGAGGAAGGUGGGCGAUUUUCCUGUUUUUCUUGAGUCCCUACAAUAUAUAUGGUCUCACUUUUGUUUUGAAGUAUUGUCAAUUUUAUGAUAUCAAACCCAUAUCCAACUGUAAAUUUAAAAAAACUCAAACCGAAUAAAAAUUAUUUUUUAAUUA